GCCGUUGCUGCGGGUGGCAGAACGCGCUUGAACCGAUGCGGAUCCCGCUGCGUGUACUGGCUGGAGAAGACGGCAAGCCCGAAUGGUCCAUCAUCGAGCUCCAAGGUGAGCUCAUUAGCGAGACCAAGGCUUCACUGGGUCUUGGCCAUCUCGAAUACAAGAAGGGCGUGCCGACGCUGCUUAUCGGGAAUCAUCUCCUUGAAGGCAAAGCCGCCAAGCUCGCCAAGCCCAUGGCCAUCAUGCGCAAAGACGGCGGCGCAGCGUAUACGGUCGUGGGCAUUGCGCGGAAGAAGCUCAUUUUCAACACGCGGCCCAAGCCCGUCUUGACAUGAUAUCUGCAGAGAAUGCAUAUUGCCAUUUAAUCCAUCAUCCGUCGUCCAUGCUAGUCGAG